CGUCGCGGUGUUUUGAAAGGAGGAAGAGAGGAAAAAAAAGGGAGUCGGGGCGGUAGCGGCGAGGAGCUGGUGCUGGGGGGGGAGGGGACGCUAACAGCAGCAGCAGCAGCAACAACAGCAACAGGAGCUCCGGCGGCAGCGGGCGGUUUAUGGGCUGUUGCAGCCAUCGCCAGGCCCCGCUCCGAGUGUCAGAUAACCCAUUUCGGAGGCAGUCAGGAGCGGUGCUUAGGCCUCGGUCCCGGGAGCUGUGUGAGCAGGAGAGGCCGAGUGGAAUAUGAGGGAGGGAAGGGAUGUCUUUCGAUGUAAUCAAGUUUCGCUGCUGCAUUGAUGUAUGAUGGAGAAAAAUAUUGUUCAAUAGGAAAUGAAGAUAGAGGUACUGGCAACAGAAAAGGGUGAUUAAUAAAAGGAGGAGAGAUAAGAAUGAGCAGAAAUCCCCCAAGUCGGCCAGGAAUUGUAUUUGCGGUGGGAGCUCGUUUGGAGGCCCAGGAUUAUCUGCAAAAAUGGUAUACAUCACGAAUUGAAAAGAUUGACUAUGAGGAGGGGAAAAUGCUGAUCCACUUUGAGAGAUGGAGCCAUCGGUAUGAUGAAUGGAUUUACUGGGAUAGUCAUCGCCUACGACCACUGGAGGGACAGUCAGUACGAAAAGAUGUCCUCAAAGAUGAUGAAGAGAUUACAGACUUCAAAACUGGAGAUGAAGUUCUUGCCCGCUGGACGGACUGUCGCUACUAUCCUGCGAAGAUUGAAGACAUUAAUGAGGAGGGUACUUACACAGUGCAGUUUUAUGAUGGAGUUAUACGGUCUCUGAAGCGAAUGCAUAUAAAAUCGAUGCCUGAAGAUGCCAAAGGACAGGACUGGUUAGCUCUUGUUAAAGCUGCUACAGCAGCAGCAGCUGCUGCAAAGAAUAAGACAGUCGGCAAACCCAGGGUUAAUAAGGAAAAGAUGGAGAGAAAAGUGGGGAGAGGAUCCCACUUCAAGAAAGGGAGAGUGAUGUCAGAAGUUAAAGAACCAGAGGAAGAAGUGCACAAAAAAACAGAAGAACUUGCAUCUUUUGCUAUCUCAGGAAACUCUGAGCCAUUGACCUUUGAUGAGCCAAAGCAGACUUUCGGACAUGCAGAAACAUCAGGCGCAAGGAAGAGGAAAACUAGUGUCAUUUGUUCAUUCCAGGCAAAAAGAGCACGCCUCAACAAAAUCACAGGUCUGUUGGCAUCAAAAGCUGUGAGUGGUGAUGGUUCAGAAAUGCUGGAAGAUGGUAUUGGAAGUCACCAUGUGCCUGAUCAGUUGUCACCUUCUUAUACCACUGACCAGCUGAAGACUGAAGUGAGCAGUGAAGAUUCCUGUACUCUGAAUCAAAAAAGUGAUCCAUUUUUUUCAUCUCCACACUCAACCAAACUCCGAACACGUAAAACAAAGCCUGAGGAGCCAUCUGGGAAUAUAAAGGCUUCAGAUCCUUCUCCUCCCCCAACUGUACCUCAGGGCAAGGAGUUGCACAAUGUAGAAUUUCCUCAGACAUUACCCCCACCACCACCUUCAGAUAUCCCUCAGACUGGCCCUUCUCAGCCCAGCAGUCCGAUCACCUGGUUAGAAAAAUCCAAACGUAGGAGACGCUCUGCACGAUUAGCAAAUGCUGCAGGGAUUGAUGGUCCCACUGACCAAGAGUAUUUACCCUCUCCAUCCAGUGCUUUGACAGGACAGUCGUGCAAAUCCAAUAAACUGACAGACAGCAACAUACGAGAGGAUUCUGAUGGUUACCAGUUGCCUGGAGAAUCCAAUUCCUUUGAGAUCAGUGACUUGGUGCCUCUUGACCUCUCCCAGCAUUCCAGGCACAAGACCUCAGCAUCUGUUUCUUCUCUUCAAUUCCCUGGAAAAGAACAAACAGUGAAACAUCAUUCUAAAAUAAUAACUGAUGUGAGUGUGGCUUCCUCCUCAUCAGUGGCUAAUGCCAAAAAAACAGAGGAUCCAUUAGCUCCCAAAGAGCUGGUCAUUGAGCUUGACCACAACAAGUUCAAAUGUAGGUUUCCCAGGUGCUUCAAGGCUUUCCGUAAAGCUAAGCUGCUAGAUUACCACAUAAAGUAUUACCACAAUACAGAGAAAGGAUCUGACUCAGAGACUAGUGCACUGGAGAGUGGGAUGCGGAUACGCGCCAGUUCAACCAAUGUGCCACCAUCAAUUGUGGACAACCUGGGACUGAAGAGACCAAGACCUCUGCCAAGUACUACUUCACCGCCUUCCAAUCUCUUGGCCUUGCAGCUGGAACUGCCUCUUGAUAUAAGUCACAAACCCUCCAAAGUCUGCAAGAAGAAGCAAUCAUCUGUGUCACUCGACUCUGAGGGGACCAACAACCAACCCAACCCCUCUGUGAAGGAGAAGAGCGUGGAAACUGUGCAAGAGAAGAUACUUAAGAAAUGUAUCGACAGAGACAGAAAUGCAGAAGUUGGAAUGAAAAGUGAAAAGAAAAUGAAGUAUGAAGAGAAGAACUCAUUGCCUGGUAAAAGGAAGGAGAGGUGUAAGGAGAAGAAAGGCAAGGAGCACGUUAAACUAAAACAGAAGAAAAAGAAAAAAAAGAAAAAGAAAUCCAAGUAUGAAUUGAUGGACUAUGAAGGAUUCAAAGAUAUUUCUCUGGAGUUUCUGGAAAGAUGUUCGUCUCCCAUAGCCAAAUCUGGAAGCUCUCUCACCUUAUGGUGUGGAUCUGUGAUGAAACCAGCCUAUCUGUCACCAAAAUCUCUUCUGUCCUCUGAAUCGUUGCUGGAGCUAAGCACAGGUCAUACUCCUAGAUAUGAAUCUCUUUCUGAUGAAGAGUUCUUUGAUGGUUCCUCAACGGAAAGUGCAUUGAUGAGUGAAGAUUACAGUCAGGAUCUGGAUAUUUCAACCAACCCAGAGGAAUCUCAAGAGGAAGAUGAAAGCAAUGCAACAGUGCGAUGUGUCUGUGGAAUGGAUGAAGAAAAUGGUUUUAUGAUUCAGUGUGAAGAGUGCCUUUGCUGGCAGCACAGCAUCUGUCUGGGUUUAUUGGAAGACAGCAUUCCAGACCAGUAUAUCUGCUACUUCUGCCAGGAUCCUCCAGGUCAGAGAUGGAAUGACAAAUAUUGCUACGACAAGGAAUGGCUAAAAAAUGGACAGAUGUAUGGGCUGUCCUUUCUGAAGGAGAAUUACUCCCAGCAGAAUGCUAAGAAAAUAGUAUCAACUCACCAACUCCUGGCUGAUGUGUAUAGUGUGGCUGAGGUGCUCCAUGGACUUCAACUGAAAAUCAACAUUCUCCAGAGCAGAAAACACCCUGAUCUACAUCUCUUGGCCCAGUCAUGCAAGAAAUCCACUCAAGAGCAAACUACGGAGGAAAAGCCCAUGGAAUGUAUAGACAGUAUUAAGCAAGCUGAAAGCAUCUGUCCUACUCAGCAUCAUAGAGAAAAAUCAAGUCCCAGCAAGAGAGUAGAGGGAACCUAUAUCACUAGUGAACACAGCUACCAGAAACCUCAGGGCUGCAGCCUCGAGCAAAACCCUGCAAAAGACCAAAACUGUUCAGAGGAUGAGGAUACCGAUAAUUUAAAUUAUGAAGAGGAUUGGGACACUACAUCCAAGAGAGUUGAAAGGCAUGCUCUUCAGGAAGUGGCAAUCCCUACUAGACAGGGGCCUACUGGUAUUAAAGAGACAGUGACUAUUUCAAAUGAUGGUGACAGCGAUGGAAUGGCGGGAGAGGAACAUGUCAGCCCACAGUUCCCAUGGCAGCUGAACCUGCUGACCCACAUUGAGGCUGUGCAGAACGAAGUAAACAGCAGAAUGGAUUUCAUAGAGAAAGAGCUGAAUGUUCUGGAAAGUUGGUUGGACUUUUCUGGGGAUCUUGAACCACCAGAACCACUUGCACGACUCCCACAGCUGAAACGCCACAUCAAACAACUGCUGAUAGACUUGGGAAAGGUGGAGCAAAUGGCAACUUGCUGCUCUCUCUAGGAAGACAAGAAGUGGUGGGGCAGGGAGUGAGGGAGACUGAAAAAGGACAGAAUGGAUUGAAAAGCACACAGCAGAUUGGAAGCUAAUCUGUCUACAGUUUUGGUAUGGAAGGAUUUGAGUUCCAUCAACAACUUACAGGAAAUUAAGAGACUGGAAUGAAAAGCAAAUGGCCAAUUAGAUAUCCUACAACAUCGGGCUUAAGGCAGAGCUUCUGUCUCAUUCAUAGCACUUGCCAGCAUAAAGUAGCCCCAUCAUUUUGGGAGCACUUGCAUACAGUACGGAGAGCAUUCUAAUCACUGAUCAAGUGUGCACACAUUCCUUCCUAACUGAUCAUGAACGCCUUAGUAACAGUUGUGGAAGGGCUUUUGGUUGCUCAAUGAGCAGUGUAUGUAAGAAAACACAGAUGGUUAACAGCAUUUUGUGAUUAGGAGUAACUGAAUCUAGCAUCUGUUAUCACAGAAGCUGGAAUUACUUCAAAACAGUGCCACUCCUGAAAUCAGAUGCUUGAAAAUUACAGGUUCCUCAGUUGAUUGUCUGAUUGCAGUGAAAUAAUGCAGAGAUGAUCAGCUUAUGAAUUAGAAAUUAAGGCUGCUUUAAAUCACUGCAGCAAUAUUCAUUAUGUGCUUUGUGAUAGUUGACUACUUAGAUGGUCGACCCCAGGAACAGUUUUUGGAAAGAGCUACUUAUUCCUGCCGUGUGGGCAGACAAGUUCCUUUCUCCGUCAGCUCCCAGCAGCCAAGCGUUAGUUCCAAUGUGAAUUUUCAACACAGUACUUAUUGCAUAUAUGGAGAGAGAAAAGAAACCCUAAUAAAAUAUAUUGGAAUGUUCUGGCUUUUUCAAAGUUCAAGGGAUGGUGAAGGUAGAAGAAUUUCUGGUCAGAAGUUGGACACUGAGAUCCUUUGGUUUUAGUACACCACAGUCUGAGAUAUUAAAUUGCUGCAUAAGACAGUCAAACUCAUUAUAGUUAGAAAAUGACUUGAAACUUGACAGUACUGGCAAUACAGUUUGAGGUGUGCAGUAUUGGGAUGACCUCAGUCUGUCAACUUCUCCUAAUCUGAGAUCAUUUUACCAAGUGGAUGCAACUUGAAAAGAUCUUCAUGAGAUGAGUCUGUAGUUCUGUAUGCUUUAACCUCAUGUAACACCAUAUUGUACAGAAGCUAAACCAAAGGGUUGUCAUGUUCAAAGACCACGUGUGCCCCAAUUUAAAAAAUUAACUUUAAACUCCAGAGAGCACUUGAUCAUUCUUCCCUCAGUCACGGGCAGGUCAAAAAAUAUACAAACACAAUUCAUCUGUCUGUGCUAUUGACUACCCUGAAUCCUUUCUCAUUCCAAAACAUGUGUUUUGUAUACCCGUAAUUAACUUGUUUCCGAAAUUGGUGCUUAAAAUUAAGGGCAUGCAAAAUAGGUGGAGUCAAAAAACUGAAUUGAAUUUGGAGUUUACGCACAGAAAACCCAGAGGACUUGUUAACAUGGUUGCACCAGAAAUGGUUCACUGGGACCUGUAUGUUAACUGUUCUGUACAACAAAAUUAGUGUAGUUACAUUAAAAGAAAGAUAUGAAAUUUGAAAGCUGUGCAGACAAAAUCAGUUUAUAAUGUAGCCCAGUGGAUCUCACUUUUUUUUUAUCUGCCCAGAAUACUCAGCUGCUGUUGUUCAGAAACACUUGAGCUAAAACAAAAGUGAAUUGUAUGCCAGGCAGAUGUAUUUGCUAUCAGGGUGUGUGUUAACAAUGUGUAUAUCUAAAAGUGUAUAUUUGGCUUAUAUAUGUAAAGUUCUGGAAGCUGAAGUUCCUCCCCUUUGCAUUUCAUUCUGUGUAUAAAACAAUUCACGAUGGGUUUUUUUAAAUAGACAAUAAACA